AUGACCUUAGCUCUAGCCGUGGUCCUGUUCCUGGCUUCAGCUCUGACCCUGGUCCUGGCUCCAGUUCUGGUCCUGGCAGUGGCUCUGGUCAAGGUCCUGGCGACGGCUCUGGUCGAGGCACUGGUCCUGCUCCUGCCGCUGAUUCUAGGCAUAGACCAGGCUCUGGCCAGGGCCCUGGUUUCAGCUCCUCUGCUCCUUCAGGCUUCAGAAAACCCAGGGCAGAUCUGCUCCGUAAUUAUGCCUCCUGGAGUCACCACAGCCACUGGGAGCCUCAGAAACAACCCUGGAAAUUUUUGCAAGUCUCAGAACCUGGUGCCCGAGGGCUGUGGAAGCCCCCUGAGGUUGAAGGGACAAAGAGCCACCAACCACCUGGAUCAAGUCCCAAGCAUGCAGGAUGGCUCUGAGAGUUUCUUUUUCCGACACGGACACCGGAGACUGCUGACCCUGGAGCCACAGUCACCCGUGUGCUCCAGCACCACCCAGAAAGACUCAUACCAGCCCCCAGGAAACCACUCUCAGCCAGUUCGAGGGAAGCGUGAAGCCAUGCUGGAGAUGCUCUUGCACCACCAGAUCUGUAAAGAGGUGCAAGCAGAGCAGGAAUCCACAAGGAAGGACUCUGAGGUCGAGUCUGUGACACACCACGACUACGGAAAGGAGCUGGUGCAAUCAGGGCCUCCUGCCCCAACAAAGCCUCACGACUACCGUAAGGAACAGCCUGAAACCUUCUGGCUACAGAGGGCACCACAGCUACAGGGUGUCAGUAACAUCAGGACUCUGGACACACCAUUCCGGAAGAACUGCAGCUUCUCAACACCAGUGCCUUUGUCUCUAGGGCAGCCCUUGCCCUAUGAACCCGAGAAUUAUUCCCACCAAUUGGGAAAAAUAUCUUCCCUUGGCCGUCAGGGAGGAGGGCAGGGUGGUGGAGGGAGGGAUAAAACUACUCCUGUCUAAGGGUCGAGGAGGGAAGGAGAUGUGGAAUAUGGAAUCUCCUUCCGUCUGUACUGGAGAGAUGGGGAGGAAGUGAAUUUGGUCUGUACUUGGUGAAGCGGCUCUUUACAUAAAAAGGGUUCUCUCUCAUCCUGA